AUGUCUGCCCCUUCUUUUGCCAAAUACGUUGUGAAGCGCCCAUGGCUCCACCGCUGGAUUCAGCCCGUGGCCAACUGGUACACUGAUGCCGCCGGCUACAGAAAGCUCGGACUGAAGUUCGACGACCUGCGCCCUGAAGAGAGCCCGGUUAUGCAGCAGGCCCUCCGUCGUUUGCCUGCUAAGGAGGCUUACGACCGUAUCUUCCGUAUCCGCCGCGCAUUCCAGUGCUCCAUCUCCCACACACUCCUCCCCAAGGCUGAGCAGACCAAGCCCGAAGACGACAAGCCAUACUUGGAUCACAUCAUUCGCGAGAUUGAGAAGGAGAACAAGGAACGUGAGGACCUCGACAACCUCGUCGUCCGCAAGUAA